AUGCCUCUGGCACCUUGGGCCGCGCUCGGCGCGCUAUCUCUGGCACUCGGAGAGGCCAUGCUUCCUGAUGCUGUGCCAGACGAGUGCAGUGCAGCGGAAGACUGUGGCUUUGUGGCAUUACAAACACGUGCUGUCUCGAACGUGAUCGAGUUUGACCAUCUGGAACGAGCCCAGUUUCGCACCAAGGGCCAAAAGUGUCAAGAUUUCAGGGUCACCGGAAAGGUUCAAAUGGUUCACUAUCGCAACUGGGCCGUUGGCAGAGCCCGAAGAUAUGGCGUCAAGGGAUGGGUGGCCAAUGGUGGUGAUUCAACCUUGGACGGCUCCCAUUCGCCCUGUCCCACCUGCGGCUGUGUCCUGGGACAUGUGGAGGGCUCGGCCUCUGCAGUCGAGCAGUUCGUGCGGGAGAUGUGUCGUGGUGGACCACCCAACUCCUACACCAAGUCCUGCAAGGUACACAACUCGGACUGUUUCAGUUGCGGUUCCUUCUACAAAGAGAACCGAUUCUGUAAAACUUGGGACGUGAAGCAGUGCAAGAGACGCUGUUAA